UAGAUGUCAGGUCCAGGUUCAAUAGUAUUGGCGCCAAAACCACAAUAAACGAAAAAUUCCCUCCACAAGGAAAACCCAACUAUCGCUUUUUCUCCUGGUUUUCUACCAUCAUCAGGUCCGUCGCAGAUAUGGGCGAAGAUAGCAAGUACUGGUUGCUGAAGACGGAACCGGGAGAGUGGUCAUGGGAGGAUCAAGCGGCAAGCGGAGGGUUCUCGCAGUGGGACGGAGUCAAGAACAAGCAGGCCCAGAAAUACAUGAAGUCCAUGAGAAUCGGUGACCUCUGCUUCUUCUAUCACUCCGGUGCCAAAGCUCGUAAAAUCGUGGGUGUGGUAACCGUUACCAAGGAAUGGUAUACGACCCACGACAAGAAUGGAGAGGGCGCUGUUGACGUUCGAGCCGUUGGAGAGAUGAGGAGACCCGUUAAUCUUAAGGAUAUCAAAGGAGAUGACGGGUUGAAGGGCUUUGCAUUAUUCAAGCAACCGCGGUUGUCGGUCGUCCCCGUUCCCAAGGACGUCUGGAACCGACUUUGUGAGAUCGGAGGAGGCUUUGAGGAAAAAUCAGAACAAAGUGACGAAGAUUAGAAGAGGAUGAGCCAAUAACUUUAAAUUGCGUGAUAGAUGUUUGUGGUAAUGCCCUCUCGGUUUUCUUUCUUGGUUUUAGGCUUUUAGCGUUCUUGUGUCUACCCCCUUGCCGUGUACAGAAUUAUGAGAUGGUAAUAUAUGGUGUAAUGGUGUAUCUAGAUGAAACCCUUUUGUUUGUUCCCCCGCUGUUAAGCCUGGUUUACGCUAUAUUAGCUACAUCCCCUUAAAGAUGAUAUGAAACCAUAUAUUAUUUUGUCUUUCUUUUGUAUCCUAAUGAGCAUAUUGAUCAGUCGAA